AUGGCUAUAACGACGUCCCCCCACCAUCCCUCUCUUUACCCCACCUUCGGUGCCCCUCUUUCUCCCACCGUCGGAUCUUGCCUUUUGAAGCCUUCGACCGUCAGAUCCUACUUCCCUGAGCCUUCAACCAUCGAAUCUUGCUUUCUCGAGCCCCUCGCCUUCUCUCGCCUUCUCGAGCCCCCGACCGAGAGCCCCUGGCCGAGAGCCCCCAGCCUUUUCCCGCCUCCCCAAGACCCCAACCGCCUCCCCAAGCCCCCGACCACCUUCUGCCUCCUCGAGCCUCCGGUCGUGAGCCCACGGCUACCUCCCGCCUCCCCGAGCCCUCGAUCGAGCGCCCCCGACCUUCUCUCACCUCCCCAAGCCCCCGACCGCCUCUCCACCUCUUCGAGCCCCUAG